AUGAUUUGGAAAAAUGUAGUAGCAUGGUGGACAAAUGUCAAAAACAGAUCUUGGCUUCAAAGUUACAUUCAAAUAUGUCACUUUCUUUGCAUUCAAGAGGAUUUGGAGCCUCGGUUUGUUGGUGAAGUAACGCUUGAAGGAGAUAUUAAAUUGUUGUUUGUGAUAGCAAGUGACUUGCCUACAACAGAGGACUUUGAGCAUGUCACUGAUUUGGAAAUAUUGAAGGCUCCACCUAUCCCCAUGGGAAUGGCCUCAAGAGCGUUAUCCCCCAUGUCCUGA